CGGCACCAUCAUCGUGGACCUGUGAUAGGAGACUUGCGGUACCUUGCAUGAGGCGGUGCCUGAGUACAGAGCAUUGCCAAUAUUCAUUGGCUUUGCGAUGUGGCCAUACCACGAAGAUUACCAAGACUUGAGUAUUGACGAAGUCGCUUUCUGAUGGAUAUAAGAUAAGGACCACUGCACUGCUCUGAGUACACAGCAUCAGCUUCCAACAUCCUCAAGACUUUUCACACUCUCAGAACACAUAGGUUUCCCAUACACACAGCGGCAGUCAACAUGCACUUCUCCACCAUCUUCAGCGGCCUCGCUCUUGCAGCCACCACCCUCGCCACACCCUCCAUCAUCGUCCACAACAACUGCGACUUCGACAUCUUUGUCACCUCCGUGGGCCAAACUGCCGGCAACACAACCAAGGUUCAGCCCGACACCCUCUGGGCCGAAGAGGAGUACUUCCAAGGCAUCGGCACUGCGAUCAAGAUCGGCCGCACCGCCGCUGCUCUCUGGACCGCGAUGCCCACGCUGCACCUCAGCUACACGUACAACAAGGGCCAGAGCCUCUACUAUGAUCUCAGUACUGCUUAUGGCUUUGACUUCUCGGGCCGCAAACUUACAGUCAAGGGCGAUAAGGAUAAGGAUGUUCCGACUAUCGAGUGGGAUGGUGCGCCGCAGCCGAACCACACUUUAGCCUACUUUGGAGAGACUGGUCUGACACUUGAGGUCUGCGCUGCAUAGAACAGACAAGAGGAAUUCGCGGUGUAGGGUC